AUGGACUGCAAUUCAUCGGGAAGAUCUGGAAAUCGAGUGAUGUUGCAAUUUAAGUUGGUGCUGCUGGGUGAUUCUUCUGUGGGGAAGUCUUCGAUCGUUUACAGGUUUGUCAAGGACUCAUUUGAUGAGUUUCGUGAAAGCACUAUAGGUGCAGCGUUUCUAUCUCAGACGAUUAAGAUCAGUGGGUCUAGUGAACAAUCAGAAACGGUGAUAAAAUUUGAGAUCUGGGAUACAGCGGGACAGGAACGGUACAAGUCACUGGCUCCGAUGUACUAUAGGAAUGCGAACGCAGCAUUGGUGGUCUAUGACGUUACGCAGCAGGACUCUUUGACCAAGGCACGGGCUUGGGUUAACGAACUGAAGAAUAAGGUGGGAGACGAGGAUCUAGUCAUUUGCCUGGUUGGGAACAAGAUUGACCUGUGCGAUGGUGAUGAGGACAAGAGAGCUGUGGAGACGGGAGAAGCCAGGGAUUAUGCAGCAGAACAAAGUCUUUUAUUCUACGAAGUCAGUGCCAAAACUGGGUCCGGAGUCAGACAGAUAUUUGAGAGCAUAGGAGAAAAAUUAUAUGAAACGAAGAAGGAUGAGCUUGCAGCUGCCAGGAAUCGACAGAUGGGAUCUUCGAAAGACCAGGUCAACGUGCAAUUGCAAAGACCUUCGACAAACGACCCCACAUCGUGCUGCUACUGA